AUGGAUUUCUUCCUCAUGGAAUUUUCCAACACCAGGGAGCUCCGGGUCCUGUACACCUUUCUGUUUUUGCUUAUUUACUUGGAGACCCUCAUGGGGAAUCUUCUCAUUAUCAUCCUUGUCUCCCUGGACCAGUGUCUUCACACUCCCAUGUACUUCUUUCUCAAGAACUUAUCUUUUCUUGAUGUUUGUCUCAUUUCUAUCACAGUCCCAAAUUUUAUUCUGAACUCUUUAUCCCACAGGAGCAUCAUUUCUUUACCAGGGUGUGUGUUACAGGUCUUGCUGGUGAUUCACUUUGCUGGGUCUGAACUUUUCAUCCUCACAGCCAUGUCCUAUGACCGUUAUGUGGCCAUCUGUCAUCCCCUGCACUAUGAGACCAUCAUGAGCAGGGGAGUCUGUGUGCAGAUGGCAGCUGCCUCCUGGUUUACUGGGAGCAUCUUUGGGGUCCUUUACUCAGCUGGAACUUUCACUCUAUCCUUUUGUGGCUCCAGGAAACUCCCACAUUUCUUCUGUGAUGUCCCCUCGCUAUUGAAGAUUUCUUGCUCGAAGACCCAUAUCAUCAUCAAUAUCAGCAUUGCAAUUGGGGUCCUCUAUGGACUUUUCUGCUUAAUUUCCAUUAGUUUUUCAUAUAUUUGCAUUUUCAAUACAGUGCUGGGAAUGCCAUCACUGCAAGGCCGGUCAAAAGCCUUCUCCACUUGCCUCCCCCAUCUCAUAGUUGUGACCACAUUUUUUAUGACAGGUGCCUUUGCAUAUUUGAAGCCAGUCCCUGAUUCCCCACAUCUUCUGGAUUUUCUGGUGUCUGUCUUCUAUUGUGUGGUGCCUCCAUCUUUGAAUCCCAUAAUAUACAGCUUAAGAAACAAGGAAAUUAAAAGAGCUUUGUGUAAGAUUUUAUGGAAUUUAAGUCACUAUACUUUGCAUGGAGGAAGGAACAACAGAAUUUGCAUGUAG